GCUAAAAAGAUAAACAAAAGAUCUCGGCACUUGUUGGUCAGCUGAAAGACAAAGUAAAAUAGCAAACUUGCAGUAGAGACUAGAGAUAGACACUUUCAGUUCCUUUGUUCCUUCAAUUCUUGCUCAUCAAUGUUCAUAGAUUUCUACAUGAGUUAAAGACUUGUGAUGGCCAAAGUUAGCAAGGAUAAGAGGGAUUCUUUGCUGUCGGAAGAUAGCAAUAUAAGAGAUGAACAGGCAGCAUCAACCAGUGGAAGUAUUUCCGAGUACAGUCUCUCAAGCCUCACAUCACAUGACGAGUUCUUUCGCUCAAGACGACAUGCUGAAACAAGUUUGGGAAAUAUGGAAUCAUACUUCAUCAACCAACAGCUAACAGAUGUUACACUUAUUGCUGGAAAACGGAUGAUCCCAGCUCACCGACUGGUGUUGAGUGCUGGAUCAGAAUAUUUCAAUGCCAUGUUCACCAAUGACCUGAGAGAGGCCAGUCAGAGUGAAGUGGUAAUGCAUGAAGUCGAUGGUGAUGCAUUGUGGGAACUGGUGCAUUACUGCUAUACUGGUAAAAUCGAGCUAAGAGAAGAGACAGUUGAGGUGUUGUUGAGCACGGCGAGCAUUUUACAACUACACGAAGUGGUUGCUGCUUGCUGCUCUUUUUUGAGGAAACAGCUGCAUCCCUCCAACUGCAUCGGCAUUUGCAUAUUUGCAGAGAACCAGGGUUGCACCGGGCUGCAAACCUCCGCCCACAAUUACAUUAUAGUCAGUAAAUUGUUUCUAAUUCAUAAAUCGUGCUAUCUAUUCUCAUAAAUAUUUUUAAUGUCU